CAUGACAUUGCCAUCAUUGUAAUAGUGUAUUAUUCGAGGUAUCCUUCUCUCAUAUUAUUAAUUGAUAUAUUAAUUAAUUCAAAACAUGGAAGCAUUCAUCACUUUCUUUCUUUCCAUUCAACCUCUCUCAUUCAUCCUCUUCCUCUUUUUCUACAUAACACUCAUCAAGUUCCGACAAGUUAAAAAACUUAUAGGAAUCGGUCCAACAACCUAUCCUUUCAUAGGUUGUUUGAUAUCCUUCUACAAGAACCGUUUUCAGUUGCUAAAUUGGUACACCGAGCUUCUAGCUCAAUCACCAACGAACACCAUAUUGGUUCAACGGUUAGGCGCACGUAGAACAAUCUUAACUGCAAAUCAACAAAAUGUCGAGUACAUACUCAAGACAAAUUUCAAAAACUUUCCAAAAGGGAAGCCAUUCACCGAUAUACUCGGAGAUUUUCUUGGAAAAGGUAUAUUCAACGUGGACGGCAAUUUAUGGAUCAAACAGCGAAAACUCGCAAGUCAUGAGUUUUCGCUAAGGUCCAUGAACGAAUUUAUCAUGCACACGUUGGAGGAAGAAGUCAAUGCGAAAUUAUUACCAUUAUUGGAUUCACUAUCAUUAGAGAAAAAAGUGGUUGACUUUCAAGAAUUGUUAGGGAGAUUCACGUUUAACGUUAUUUGCAAAUUCACGUUGGGGAAAAAUAAUGAUGAUAAUUUUAGGUGUUGUUUGGAUCCUUGUUUUCCCAUUUCGCCGUUGGCGAGGGCUUUCGAUGUAGCGGCGGCGAUUUCGGCGAAGCGUGGUGCUGCACCUUUGUUUUUGGUUUGGAGAGUGAAGAAGUGGUUUAGAGUUGGAUCGGAAAGGAAGCUUAGAGAGGCGGUUGAGGAGGUUAGGACACGUGUCAUGGAGAUUAUUUUGGAGAGGAAGCAGAAGAUGAAUGUAAUGGAAGAGAAGGGUGUUGGUGGUCAAGAUCUCUUGUCACGUCUUGUUUGUGCAGGUCACGAGGAAGAAGUAAUAAGAGACAUGGUGAUAAGUUUCAUUAUGGCCGGGAGGGACACAACAUCAUCAGCAAUGACAUGGUUCUUUUGGUUAUUAUCGCAUUAUUCAGAUAUGGAACAAGAGAUAGUGAAAGAGACAGAAAAUAAAUCAAGUGGGACAUUAGAUUAUAAAUCAUUAAAAAACAUGAAUUUGUUAAAGGCAUGUCUAUGUGAAUCAAUGAGACUAUAUCCACCAGUAGCAUGGGAUUCAAAACAUGCCACGUUUGAUGAUGUAUUGCCAGAUGGCACUUUGGUACAAAGUGGGGAUAGAGUGACUUAUUUUCCAUAUGGAAUGGGGAGAAUGGAAAAUUUAUGGGGGAAAGAUUUAUUUGAGUUUAGACCGGAUCGUUGGUUUGUUAAGGAUGAAUUAGGAACAAUAUUGUUGAGUGAGGUUUGUCCUUUUAAGUUUCCUGUUUUUCAGGCUGGUCCUAGGGUGUGUCUUGGGAAAGAAAUGGCUUUUAUUCAAAUGAAAUAUGUGGUGGCUUCAAUUCUUAGAAGAUUUAAGAUUAUUAUAGUUGGUCCUGAGAAGCCUUUAUUCGUGCCACUUCUUACGGCUCACAUGGCUGGCGGCUUAAAAGUAUUGGUUUCGAAAAGGUUGAAACUUUAACCGAUUUUGAUUUUUAAUUUAAUGAGAAUUAUUUUGAUGCAAAUCA